UACUCACUCGGCAAACCGAAAGAAACCCUAGUUCUCUUGCGUCUCUCGCGGUUUUGAAAAGAGAACAAGGAAAAUUAGGGAAAUCGAGCUUAUCGGUGAAAUUACUUUCUAAAUUGACGAUUACAUUAGGGUUUUAAAUCGCAGAGAUGAGAUUCAAACCCUAAUUCAUGAUUCGUGAUCGUGAUUGAGAUCGUCGUGUUUUGGGGCGAAAUCGGCUGUUUCGUGUGGUGUCUGCUGAGAUCUGGGAUAAAGCGUACAGACAUGUAUGAUGGAAUGUGAACAUUGGAGAAUUUUGGUCUGUUCUGUUUAUUGUACAUGGAAGAUAGAGGAGAGAACUCUCAUGGUGCUGCAAUUCCCAAAAAAUCGAGAUCUUUGGAUCUGAAGAGUUUAUAUAAAUCUAAAGUGACAAAAGAGACUCCAAAGAAGAACUUAAAGAGGAAAGGUAGUCAUCCUAGGGGUGGUGAUGAAAAAAGGAACAAGAAAAAGAAAACUAGAAAGGAAGUGUCUCUUAGUAGCUUAGAAAAUGCUGAUGGUGGCAUCAAGAAGUUUGUUGACGAAGAAUGUCAAAAGGGGUCUGUUUCUGCUAGACAGGAUCUGUGUGAACAGAAGUUGGAGGUGAAGCAGGGAUUGAGUAGCAGUACUGGGCUUAUUAGAGGAUCAUUAAGUCUUGAUGACAAUCUUCACAUUCCAAAACGAAGGAGGAAUUUUGUGAGGCGGAAGAAAUUUGAUGUUAGUCAAGUUCCAAAACGGGCUGGGCAGCCUAGUUGUAUAAGUGGACAUGGUGAUCAGAUACCUAAGUUGAGUAGUGAUGAUUCAGACAGGAGGAUUGAGUCUUCAGAGAUUAAACAGAAGGGAGAUUUUGAUGAGUUCAAGAAAAGUAGGAGUAAUGAUUCAAAUUCAGUUCAGCAUUUCAACCCUCAAUCUGUUGCAAAUAGUGGCGAUUCCUCUUUACAGAAGUCAAAAAGGAAGGAUAGGAAGCAAAAGGCUUUGGCUCUCGAUAGAAAUAGGGUUACCAAGGACGCUAAUUCUCUGGUUGAUGGUGGUAAAAUAUCUGAUUAUGCAAGGGAAGAUGAUGAGGAGAAUCUUGAAGAGAAUGCAGCAAGGAUGUUGUCUUCGCGAUUUGAUCCAAACUAUGCUGGGGUUUGUUCAAGCAGUAAGCCUCCGACAUUGCCAUCAUCAAAUGGUUUGUCCUUUUUACUCUCUUCUAGUCGAAAUAUUGUUAGUUGUGGGUCAAAGUCUCCAUCAGGUUCAGAAUCAGCAUCAGUUGAUACUGCUGGUAGAGUCUUAAGGCCAAGGAAACAAUACAAUGACAAGGGUAACUCCAGGAAGAGGCGACAUUUUUAUGAAAUUUCAUUAGGUGAUUUAGAUGAAUAUUGGAUACUGAACCAGAGAAUCAAGGUUUUUUGGCCUUUGGACCAAAGUUGGUAUGAUGGCCUUGUCGAUGAUUAUAACAAAGAAACAAAGUGUCAUCAUAUCAAAUAUGAUGAUCGAGAAGAAGAAUGGAUUAAUCUUCAAACUGAGAGGUUCAAACUCUUGUUACUUCCAAGUGAAGUUCCUGGAAAAGCAGGGGGGAAAAGAGCAGUAAGGAAAAAUAGAAGUUCUGAUCAUAAAAGAGGGAGCUCAUCGAGGAAAGAAAGGCAAAUAGGAGAUGUGAUUACUGAGGAUGAUCACUGCAGUGAGAGCUGUAUGGACACAGAACCUAUAAUCUCCUGGUUGGCUCGAUCUUCUCAUCGGUUUAAAUCAUCUGCUUUUCAUGCUGCUAAGAAACAAAAAACUUCUGUUACACUUCCAAGUACAACUUCAUCAUUGUCAUGUGAUGAACCUGUAAAAGUACAGGGAUGCUUAGCUGAGAGUUCCCUGAGGGAGGGUAAAAGUAGCCCUUCCAGAGAUUCUGUAUCACAAUAUCAAUUAGGUGAUGACUUUGGGAAGAAGUCCCCAUUGCAAAGCUCCAAUCGCCCUAAAGAUGACAAACAGCCUAUUGUCUAUUUUAGAAGGCGGUUUCGCAAGCCAACUUCAACAUCACAUCAUAUUUGUGAAGAUAAACAUGUUAACAUAAGUGCAUCUUGUUCUAUUUCCUCCAAUCAUGUGGUUGGUGGGCUUGUGGAUGUAAAAGAAUCAAAUGAUGGGAGGGUUGAGACAGAGGGGCCAUUGUUCUUCACAUACAACGCAGGAGUAUCUAAAAUUUUUUUGGACAUGGAGUCAGCGGCGUUCAAGUUUGACUUAAACUAUCCAAUUCAGUUGGUGCUGAAUGACUCAUUUAAAUCAGAGAAUUUGUGGUUGCUCCAUGCCGUUCUGCUACUUCAAUAUGGUACAGUUACGACCUUGUGGCCAACAAUUCAUUUGGAGAUGCUUUUUGUUGAUAAUGUGGUUGGGCUAAGGUUCCUAUUAUUUGAAGGCUGCUUGAAGCUGGCUGCAGCCCUUGUCUUUUGUAUCCUUAGGAUAUUUCAUCAACCUGGUGACCAGGGGAAGUAUAUUGACUUCCAGUUGCCCUUUACAUCUAUCAGAUUCAGGUUUUCAAGUAUUUAUGGCAUUAAGAAACCUCUUGUAUUUGCAUUUUACAAUUUCUCCAGAGUGAAAAAUUCAAAAUGGAUGUACUUAGACUCAAAGGUUAAGAGACAUUGCUUAAUCAGUAAGCAGCUCCAUCUCUCUGAAUGCACAUAUGAUAACAUCCAGGCACUUCAAAAUCAGUCCAGUGAGUGUCCAAUUACUUCCAUCAGUGGCAAUCCCUUAGUCAAGGAACAGGUCAUGCAGAAGAGGAUUAGGCCGGGGAUUAAUAUUAUGGGUGUUUCCAGAGAAUUUUCUAAGGUUGAUACUAGUCAGCCUUCUGAUGCUGGCAAGAGGAAGGUUCCCCUGUUUUCACUUUCUUUUGCUGCUGCACCUACAUUUUUUCUUAGUUUGCAUCUUAAGUUGCUGAUGGAAAAGUCAGUAGCUCAUAUAAGCUUUUGUGAUAAUGCACUAGUAGAUGAUCAGGAAGACUCUGGUCUGAUGACAGAUGACUGCUCUAGCAUUGAUGAUUACUCUAACAGGAAUGGAGAGGUUAAUGUGAAGAAAAAUAUGAUGGAUUUUUCGAUGGAUGCUGUGUGUGAUGGAUUGGCUUGUGCUGAGUCAGAUUUGUUAAUUGGUCCAUCUAAUUGUGAAGGUCGAAUUAUUUCUCAAAAUUACCAGAAUAAUGAUCUUAGUGCUGAUGAAAUUUCUGGAUCCAACGGUUUUGAGAGGCCUGGCUCUGUUCAGUUGCCGGAGUGGCAAUCACAUCAUUCUGACCACUCUUUUCCUUCAAAUUCUUUAACCCAUAAGAUUAAAGAAGAUGAUGGUUCCCAUUCUUUCCUGUCUGAUCUAAGUGUCCAAAUUCCUUCAGCUGAUCAAUUUGAGAAACCUGGUGAUGGUGAUCUGCAUGAUGCUCAACACACUUCAGAUUUUUCUUGGAAUACAAAUGGAGGUGUCAUUCGCAGCCCAAAUCCAACUGCUCCUAGAAGUUCUUGGCAUCGGAAUAGAAGUAAUUCCUCAUCAUUUGGAUCCCAGUCACAUGGGUGGUCUGAUGUGAAGGCUGAUUCCCUUCACAACGGUUUUGGCAAUGGACCUAAGAAGCCACGAACACAAGUAUCUUAUUCAGUGCCUUUUGCUGGGUAUGAUUAUAAUUCAAAGCAGAGAAGCCAUUAUCCGAGACAGAGAGGGUUGCCUCACAAGCGAAUCAGAAAGGCUAAUGAGAAGAAGUUAUUGGAUGUUGCUAGGGGUCCUGAAAAGAACUUGGAGUCCUUAUCUUGUGAUGCAAAUGUGUUGAUUACCCAUGGUGAUAAGGGGUGGAGAGAAUCUGGUGCCAGAGUUGUACUAGAACUGUUUGACCAUAAUGAGUGGAAACUCUCUAUAAAACUUGCAGGAAUUACCAGGUAUACUUACAAAGCACAUCAGUUUCUGCAGACUGGAUCAACAAAUCGUUACACUCAUGCUAUGAUGUGGAAAGGAGGGAAGGAUUGGAUCUUAGAAUUUCCUGAUCGGAGCCAGUGGGCUGUUUUCAAGGAGAUGCAUGAGGAAUGCUACAACCAGAACAUCCGUGCUGCUUCAGUUAAAAAUAUACCCAUUCCUGGUGUUGUCUUGAUAGAAGAAAAUUAUGAUAAUGAAUCUGAAGCUACUUUUGUUCGGAGCUCUAAGUAUUUCCAACAAGUUGAAACAGAUGUAGGGAUGGCUUUGAAUCCGUUGCAUGUCCUGUAUGACAUGGAUAGCGAUGAUGAACAGUGGAUUUUGACUAUGCGAAAUUCUGUAAAGGACAAUGAUUGCUUGAAUGGGAUCUCAGAUGAGGUGUUUGAGAAGGCAAUGGACAUGUUUGAGAAGGCUGCAUAUGCUCAGCAGCGUGAUCAGUUUACACCUUCUGAAAUAGAGGAACUAACAGUUGAUGUUGGGCCCUUCUGUGUUACCAAAAUCAUUUAUGAACAUUGGCAGAAGAAAAGGCAGAAGAAGGAAAUGCCUUUAAUACGGCAUUUGCAGCCACCUCUAUGGGAAAGAUAUCAACAUGAAUUGAGAGAGUGGGAAGUAGCCAUGACCAAGAAUAAUAUUCCUGUUUCUAAUGGUUGCCUGAACAAGAUUGUGACUUUGGAGAAGCCGGCCAUGUUUGCUUUCUGUUUGAAACCAAGGGGUUUGGAAGUACCGAACAAGGGAUCAAAACAACGAUCACAAAAGAAAAUUUCAGUCUCAGGGCAUUCAAGCAGUAUUUUAUAUGAACAGGAUGGAUUCCACCCUUUUGGAAGAAGACUUAAUGGACUGGCAUAUGGUGACGAGAAGUUUGCAUACCCAGGGCAUAAUUAUGAUUCUGUGUAUGAUUCCCCAUUGCCUCAGACCUCCCCUGCAUUCUCACCACGGGAUGGUGGCAGCAUGGGAUACUAUUCUAUAAACAACAACAGUUAUGAUAGAAAUCAUGUCCCCAAAUAUAACAGAAGCAAGUCAAGGAAAUUUGGCUCAUCUGUGUUUCAUAAUGAUUCGCCAACGUCUUCCUAUAGUCAGCAGAGAGUUUCACGGUCAGGAAAGAGAAAUGGGGAUGGUAGGUGGAAUAUGGGCUAUUAUGACUUGUCAGGUCACCGGCAGUACCUGUGGGAUGGUCCACCAAGACACGGUACUGAACAAUUAGAUGGUCCCAACCUUGAUGAGUUUAGAACGCGCGAUGCCUCGUGUGCCGCUGAGCAUGCGCGUAACAUGGCGAAAUUGAAAAGAGAGAGAGCUCAGAGAUUGUUUUAUAGAGCGGAUGUAGCAAUUCACAAGGCUAUGGUUGCUCUUAUGAUUGCUGAAGCAAUGAAAGCUUCUGAGGAUUCAAAUGGUGAUGGGUAGAUAAGACAUUAGACAUGAAUAUCUGACUCUGAUAAACUUAAUGGAUCCUUCGACUUUGCAACUGAGCUGCAUGGGCUUGGGAGUGAGUUUGCUAGACAAAGCUUCUGGUAUGACUUUGUCAAGGGUUGUGAUGACCUUUUGUCGUCAUUCGGAUAUUCCAUACUGAAAAUAAGCAUUGAGAGCUGAAUUAAGUGGGACGGAGGAGAUUUUGUUACUUCAAAAUGCAACUCUUUUGCACUGUUCACCGGCACCCUCUCCAGCUUGAGAUCUGCCUAGUAUGGAUCUAUGGAAUUUUGGCAACCUAUAUAUUUGUACAGAUUUUUUUUUCUCCCUUUACCCCCCUUCUUUCUUUUCCCCCUUAACCUCAGUUUCAAAUGUUAAAUAUAAAAAUAGAAAUCGGCCAAAUAAUUAUACAACACCACCUUGAAUGGAAUUACAGUUCAUUAUUUAUGUCAUGGAUCUGCGCAUGGUUCGCAAG